AGCCGCAUCACCAGUCACGACGCGGACACGGACACGCGCGGCCACCGGGGCACGAGUGCCUCCCUAAGGCCUUCGGCGAGGAGGCCGGCGAGCCGACGCCGCCAUGGCUGCCUCCACGGCCUCCACGGCCUCCAGGGCCUCCAGGGCCCAGCUAGGGGUGCUGCUGGUGAUCUGCAGCGCCGUCCUGCUGGCCGAGGUGCAGGCCCAGAAGGGCGUGCUCACGCCCAAAGCGCCCAACUUCCAGUACUUUGAGAGGCCCAAGUACCGGUACCCGUACUACGACGAGAAGGGAAGGGGCAAGCUGCUGUAUGGAUACGGCGGCUCCGACCUGUACCAGUACAAGACCUACUCACCUCUAGAAGGCAUCCACUGAGACGCGCGCGGACGCACGCGGACGCACGCGCACGGUGUUAGGACAUUAUUGUGUUAACGUUGGCUGCACCACAUGUCACGGCGCUGCUGCUCUUGCCCAUUCUUCCCUUAACUUGACACCCGUUUGAAUAACGGGUCUCUUUCAUUAAAUCAUUGUCAUCGCAUUCGUACCAUCAUUGCCACAACCAUCCUUAUGCCACUCUCGCCAUCACCAAUCAUCGCCAUGGCCCUAGCGACCCAGCGCCCUCAUCCUUGUCAUGCCUUCUCCUUUCGCCAUGCAUUGCCUUUGCACGUGUCCCCGAGCACGCCGCCGAGCACGCCGAGCACGCACUGCUUCGGUGUCGCAGGCCGUCCCGAUUUGCGUUAGCAGCGGUAAUGUCGUUUUUGUGAUAGUUCGAUCUCGAAUUUAUUGCCAAAAAUUU